UACAAAACAAAAAUGAAACGAUCUUCGCGUAAACUUGAUUCCUUUUUCGGAGAAAUUACACCAAUUGAUGUUUGUAUUAGCGAGAUCAGGAAAGAAGGUGUAAAGGCUAUGUUGGAAUCAAAGGUACCACUAUGUUACUUUCUGCAUUUCUUGCUGAGCGAAUAUAGCUCCGAAAACUUGUUCUUUUACUUAGAAGUGGAACAGUAUGAAACUAUGCAGUUUUUAACAAUAGCGGAGCAAAAGGCAUUAGCACAGCAAAUAUUUGACCAGUAUGUUUCAGACGAUGCCGAUUUUGAAAUCAACCUUGAAGACAAAGUG